GAGAGCACUGCGCAGGCGCAGAAGUAUGGGACAAGGGGAGGGGGCGUCGUGCGAGAGGAGCGCGCGCGCCUGAAGAGAAGGAAAAGGCGACGAAAAGGGGGGAAGAGUAACUGCGCAGGCGCCAAACAGAGACGCGGAGGGGAGAAGAGACCGUUGGGGUCGCGCGCCUCGGAGCGGAGGGAGAGAGGCUGAAGGAGAAAACACUGCGCAGGCGCAGAACAGCGAAGCUGAGGGAGAAGGAGCGAAGCGGGCGAGGGAAGGAGCGGCGCCGAGUUCCUGAGGGGAGGAAAGGCUCCAGCCGUCGCGGAGACAUGUCGAGGAGCGGCAGCAUCAGCAGCGUUGCCGCCGCCAGCAGGAGCGCCUGUGCUGCCCGGAGGAGGCGAGGCGAGAACGGCCUGUGAGGAAGGAGAAGGAGACUGCCUUCCAUGUCCGCCGCUUGGGAUUAAGCGCGGGAAGAAGACAGCCAAUCCCCCCUCCCCUUCCCCUGCCCUCCCCGCCAUGGCGGACCGGAGCCCCCCGAACUGCCACCUCAGGCUGGAGUGGGUGUAUGGCUAUCGGGGCCACCAGUGCCGCAACAACCUCUACUACACAGCCGCCAAGGAGAUCGUAUACUUCGUGGCCGGGGUCGGGGUGGUCUACAGCCCCCGGGAGCACCGGCAGAAAUUCUACCUGGGCCACCAAGACGACAUCAUCAGUCUUGCUUUGCAUCCUGAACGAGUAUUGGUGGCAACCGGUCAAGUUGGGAAAGAGCCGUAUAUCUGUGUUUGGGACUCAUACACUGUGCAGACUAUAUCAAUAAUGAAAGACGUUCAUACACAUGGUAUAGCUUGCCUGGCAUUUGAUGUAGAUGGUCAGCGUUUGCUUUCAGUUGGUUUGGAUUCAAAAAAUACAAUCUGUGUAUGGGACUGGAGAAAAGGAAAAUUGUUAUCUAUGGCUCCUGGUCAUACAGACAGGAUAUUUGAUAUUUCCUGGGACUUGUACCAACCAAACAAACUUGUCAGCUGUGGUGUAAAACACAUUAAGUUCUGGAAUUUAUGCGGCAAUUCAUUGACACCAAAACGUGGAGUUUUUGGUAAAACUGGUGAUCUCCAAACUAUAUUGUGCCUCGCUUGUGCAAGAGAUGAAGUAACAUAUUCUGGUGCACUUAAUGGAGAUAUAUAUGUAUGGAAAGGGAUCAACCUUAUAAGGACCAUACAGGGAGCACAUGCUGCAGGAAUUUUCAGCAUGAAUGCAUGUGAAGAAGGCUUUGCCACAGGUGGCAGAGAUGGCUGUGUUCGGCUUUGGGAUUUAAAUUUUAAACCAAUUACUGUGAUUGAUCUCAGGGAAACAGACCAGGGAUAUAAAGGUCUGUCUGUGAGAAGUGUUUGCUGGCGAGGAGAUCAUAUCCUAGUUGGAACACAAGACAGUGAAAUUUUUGAGAUUGUGGUGCAUGAACGCAAUAAGCCUUUUCUCAUUAUGCAAGGGCACUGUGAAGGGGAGCUUUGGGCCCUGGCAGUUCAUCCUACAAAACCAUUAGCCAUAACUGGAAGUGAUGAUCGAUCGGUCAGAAUAUGGAGCCUUAUAGACCAUGCAUUGAUUGCACGGUGCAAUAUGGAGGAACCAAUUCGUUGUGCAGCUGUUAGCAUGGAUGGAAUUCAUCUUGCCCUUGGAAUGAAAGAUGGCUCUUUCACAGUACUUAGAGUUAGAGACAUGACAGAAGUUGUUCAUAUUAAAGAUAGAAAAGAAGCUAUCCAUGAAUUAAAAUAUUCACCAGAUGGAAAUUUCCUUUCAGUUGGUUCCAAUGAUAAUUCUGUUGAUAUUUAUGGUGUUGUUCAGCGGUACAAAAAAGUUGGAGAGUGUAUUGGAUCCACAAGCUUCAUAACACAUAUGGACUGGUCACUGGAUAGUAAAUAUUUGCAGAUCAAUGAUGGCAGUGGAAAAAGACUUUUUUACAGGAUGCCUGGUGGAAAAGAAGUUACAAAUAAGGAAGAGUUAAAAGGAGUCCAGUGGGCUUCAUGGACUUCAAUUUCGGGGUUUGAAGUUAAUGGAAUAUGGCCUAAAUAUUCAGAGAUCAGUGAUAUUAAUUCUGUAGAUGCAAAUUUUAUGGGCCAAGUUCUGGUGACAGCUGAUGACUAUGGAAUAGUAAAGCUGUUUCGGUAUCCUUGUCUAAGAAAAGGUGCAAAAUUUAAAAAAUACCUUGGUCAUUCAGCACACGUUACAAAUGUCAGAUGGUCACAUGAUUAUCAGUGGGUAAUUUCUAUUGGUGGAGCAGACCAUUCAGUUUUCCAGUGGAAGUUUGUUCCCGAAAGGAAGCUAAAGGAUGCUCUACACAUAGCACCACAAGAAAGCCUGGUUGACUCCAAUAGUGAAGAAUCCGAUUCUGAUCAAUCUGACGUUCCAGAGCUGGACUCUGAAAUUGAACAAGAGACACAGAUGACAUACCGUCGACAGGUUUACAAAGAAGAUCUACCUCAGCUUAAAGAGCAGUGCAAAGAAAAACGAAAAACUGCAGCCUCAAAAAGAAGAGAACGGGCUCCAAUCAAUAGCAUAAGGUUGCACUUUGUCCAUGGUUACAGGGGCUAUGACUGUCGAAGUAAUUUAUUUUACACUCAGACUGGAGAAAUUGUGUACCAUGUUGCAGCAGUGGGUGUAGUGUACAAUCGGCAACAAAACACACAGCGCUUUUAUUUGGGUCAUGAUGAUGACAUCUUGUGUCUUGCUAUUCAUCCCUUAAAGGACUAUGUGGCAACAGGCCAGGUUGGUCGGGAUUGUUCAAUCCAUAUUUGGGAUACAGAGACCAUCAAACCACUAUCAGUUUUAAAGGGCUAUCACCAAUAUGGUGUUUGUGCUGUUGAUUUCUCAGCGGAUGGCAAAAGAUUAACUUCAGUUGGAAUAGAUGACAAUCAUACUAUUGUUCUUUGGGACUGGAAAAAAGGAGAAAAACUUUCAGCAGCAAGGGGGAGCAAAGACAAGAUCUUUGUGGUUAAGGUUAAUCCCUACAUGCCUGAUAAACUCAUUACAGCUGGAAUAAAGCACAUAAAAUUCUGGCGAAGAGCAGGAGGUGGACUAAUUGGGAAAAAGGGCUAUGUGGGUCCAAUGGGGAAGAUUGAGACAAUGAUGUGUGCGGUUUAUGGCUGGACAGAAGAAAUGGCAUUCUCUGGUACUUCAACUGGGGAUGUGUGUAUAUGGAGAGAUCUGUUCCUCAUAAAAACUGUAAAAGCACAUGAUGGCCCUGUGUUCAGUAUGCAUGCACUAGAAAAAGGAUUUGUAACAGGAGGCAAGGAUGGAAUUGUGGCUCUUUGGGAUGAUACUUUUGAACGAUGUCUUAAAACAUAUGCCAUCAAAAGAGCUGCCUUAGCUCCUGGCUCCAAAGGACUCCUUUUAGAAGAUAACCCUUCUAUACGUGCCAUAUCAUUAGGACAUGGUCAUAUUUUAGUGGGUACAAAAAACGGUGAAAUACUGGAAGUCGACAAAAGUGGACCAGUAACUUUGUUGGUUCAGGGUCAUAUGGAAGGUGAAGUUUGGGGUUUAGCAACUCACCCUCAUUUACCUAUUUGUGCCACUGUAAGUGAUGAUAAAACCUUAAGAAUAUGGGAUCUGUCCCCAAGCCACUGCAUGUUAGCUGUUCGAAAACUUAAAAAAGGGGGGAGAUGCUGCUGUUUUUCUCCUGACGGAAAGGCACUGGCAGUAGGUCUCAAUGAUGGAAGUUUCUUAAUUGUAAAUUCAGACACUCUGGAGGAUCUUGUUUCUUUUCAUCACAGAAAGGAUGUUAUUUCAGAAAUACGAUUUUCUCCUGGUUCUGGAAAAUACUUAGCGGUAGCAUCAUAUGAUAGUUUUGUAGAUAUCUACAACGUAAUGAGCAGUAAACGGGUUGGUAUCUGCAAGGGAGCCUCCAGUUAUAUAACACACAUGGAUUGGGACAUACGAGGCAAGCUUUUACAACUCAACACUGGUGCUAAGGAACAGUUAUUUUUUGAAGCUCCUCGAGGGAAGAGGCAGAUUAUUCCCAGUAUGGAGGCAGAAAAGAUCUCUUGGUCAUCCUGGACAAGUGUUCUAGGCUCCUGCUGUGAAGGAAUCUGGCCAAUAAUUGGAGAAGUCACAGAUGUAACUGCUUCGUGCCUAACCAAUGAUAGUACAGUCUUGGCAACAGGAGAUGAUUUUGGAUUUGUAAAGCUUUUCCGAUAUCCUGCCAAAGGAAAAUAUGGGAAGUUUAAGAGGUAUGUGGCUCAUAGUACACAUGUAACAAAUGUUCGUUGGGCACAUGAUGACAGUUUAUUAGUCAGUGUUGGAGGUGGAGAUACAUCUUUAAUGCUGUGGACCCAUGAGAUGGAGGGCCACCGAGAAAGCAGACAGUGUGACAGCGAAGAAUCUGAUCUUGAUUCUGAAGAAGAUGGGGGAUAUGACAGUGAUGUCACAAGAGAAAACGAAAUUAAUUACACCAUCAAAGCCUUAUCAACCAACAUCAGACCUAUGUUUGGAAUCAAGCCUCAUCUGCAGCAAAAAGAACCUUCAAUUGAUGAAAGGCAAGGAGUUGUAAGACCACCAGUUAGUAGGGCAUUGCCUCAGCCUGAAAAACUUCAGACAAAUAACAUUGGGAAGAAAAAGAGACCUAUAGAGGAUCUAGUCCUGGAGCUGGUGUUUGGAUAUCGAGGUAAAGAUUGCAGAAACAAUGUGCACUACUUGAAUGAUGGUGCUGACAUAAUUUAUCACACUGCAUCCGUUGGGAUUCUGUAUAAUGUGGGAACAGGUUCUCAGUCUUUUUACCAGGAACAUAAUGAUGAUAUUUUGUGCCUCACUAUCAAUCAGCACCCCAAGUUUAUCAACAUUGUGGCAACUGGCCAAGUAGGAGACUCAGCAGAUAUGUCAGCCACAGCACCUUGUAUUCAUGUGUGGGAUGCAAUGAACAAGCAAACACUGUCUGUAUUGAGAUGUUACCAUUCAAAAGGAGUUUGUUCAGUUGGAUUUAGUGCCACUGGCAAACUCCUUCUAUCUGUGGGGCUGGAUCCUGAACAUACCAUUACCAUUUGGAAAUGGCAAGAAGGUGCCAAAAUUGCCAGCAGAGCCGGUCAUAAUCAGCGUAUUUUUGUAGCAGAAUUCAGGCCUGAUUCUGAUACACAGUUUGUUUCAGUGGGAGUAAAACACGUGAGAUUUUGGACUCUUGCUGGGAGAGCACUUCUCAGUAAAAAAGGACAGACAAGUUCAAUAGAAGAUGCACGAAUGCAGACCAUGUUGUCGGUAGCAUUUGGAGCGAACAAUUUGACAUUUACAGGUACCAUCAGUGGAGAUGUAUGUGUUUGGAAAGAGCAUAUAUUGAAUCGAAUUGUUGGCAAAGCUCACAACGGGCCUAUAUUUGCAAUGUAUACAACACUACGAGAUGGCUUAAUUGUAACAGGUGGAAAAGAGAGGCCAUCAAAAGAAGGAGGAGCAGUUAAAUUAUGGGAUCAGGAACUACGCCGGUGCCGUGCUUUCAGAUUAGAAACAGGACAGAUAAUUGAUUGUGUUCGCUCUGUAUGCAGAGGCAAAGGGAAGAUUCUUGUUGGGACAAAGAAUACUGAAAUAAUAGAAGUUGGAGAGAAAAAUGCAGCAUGUAAUCUUCUAAUUAAUGGCCAUAUGGAUGGCCCUAUCUGGGGACUGGCAACACACCCUUCUCGUGAUGUGUUUCUUUCUGCUGCGGAGGAUGGGACAGUCCGGCUUUGGGAUAUUACCGAUAAAAAGAUGGUGAACAAAGUCAAUUUGGGCCAUGCAGCACGCACUGUGUCUUAUAGUCCAGAAGGUGACAUGGUGGCUAUUGGCAUGAAAAACGGAGAAUUUAUUAUCUUGUUAGUAAACUCUCUGAAAAUUUGGGGAAAGAAGAGGGACAGAAGAUCAGCUAUCCAAGACAUCAGGUUCAGCCCAGAUUCUCAUUACUUAGCAGUUGGUUCCAGUGAAAACGCAGUGGAUUUUUAUGACUUGACAUUGGGGCCUUCCCUUAACCGAGCCAGUUACUGCAAGGACAUCCCAAGCUUUGUAAUUCAAAUGGACUUUUCAGCAGAUAGCUGUUAUCUUCAGGUAUCCACUGGAUCUUACAAAAGGCAAGUUUAUGAAGUGCCUUCUGGAAAACAACUCUUGGAUCAAACUGUGAUUGACCGAAUAACAUGGGCUACUUGGACCAGUGUUCUAGGAGAUGAAGUUAUUGGAAUCUGGUCCAGGCAUGCUGAGAAAGCUGAUGUGAAUUGUGCCUGUGUUUCCCAUUCGGGAAUCAGCCUUGUAACAGGCGAUGACUUUGGCAUGGUCAAGCUGUUCGAUUUCCCUUGUCCAGAAAAAUUUGCAAAACAUAAAAGAUUUCUAGGUCACUCGGCCCAUGUGACUAAUAUUCGCUUUACAAGUGGAGACAGAUACGUUGUCAGUGCAGGUGGAGAUGAUAGCAGCAUAUUUGUCUGGAAAUGUGUACAUAUGCCUCACUGAGAGUCAUGAAGAACUUUUUAAAGAGUACACUGCAUGAAGUAAGAGGAGUAAAUGCCCCACAGUUGCAAAGAGACAUUCUCCAGUGCCCUGCAUGCUUCAAGAAAUGGUGCUGAUAAAAGACAGGCAAUCAGCUGUCGGACUGACUUGCGUGUACAAGAGGAAUGGACUACUUCAAAUGUACCGAGUCUAGUCAUAUUACUACAGUAUCAGAUAACCUACAUUUGUUUCCCACUCACUGCCAGAUGCUGAAACAUAUGGAUAAGAGGAAGCAAGGUUCUGUACAGUCUCCUUGUAAGAUCAUGGAUUUCAAAUCAAGAGAUGUUAUUACUGACCUAAUGCUGUACAUCGAUGUGUUUACUUUCAGCAUGAAUGUUUAAGUACUGAGUACUGACUCUUGCUAAAAUAGAAGACUCCUUAUUUUAUUACUGAAAGGAAAACCACCUUACAGCUCUUAAUUUUUUAAACAAAAAUGGAUGAAGUUAAUAUAAAAGAUAGAAAUGACCUAACAAAAGCUUUGUCUAGUUCAGCAAAAGAGAACACCUCCCAAGAGUUAUAUUUGUUCCUAGGACUUGCAGAAUUCUAUUGGUUUUAAGGCCUGGGUUGUCGUCAUGUCUGGUGAAUGCUAGGAGACAUGCAUGAACCCGUUCUUCAAGGCUAAUUUAGUGUUUUUGAAUUACUCAAGCAUUAAAUUAGUUCUGUGAGCAGAAUGAAAUUUGCUCACAUUGUGAGUGCCUUGCCCACAACCUAAAAGUCUAACUCCGUUUUUUGCCUUGUGAAUAAAAGUGUUAUCAAUGAAAGAGAAAUUGCUGUGUUUGCUUACAGUGUUGUACUAGAAAUGGGAAAUAGGCUGUUCAUUUUACUGUUCAUAUAUUGAUGAAACUUUAAGUUGUCACCAGAAGCAAAAAAAAAAAAAUCAAAUCACAGCAAUAGAAAUUGUUCUGUGCAUUUUCACAUUAUCACUUGGUAAAAUCGAAGUGACCGUAAAUCAAAUGUAUCAUACAAGUUGCUUCUUUAAUUUUUAUACAAGAAUAAGACUAGUUGAAUCUCUUGCUCUCUAGCUGAAAUCAUAAAGCCACAUAUAUACAAGCACUCACAGGUUCCACCUAAGAAUGAAGAUAUUUGAAAGCAACUGUAUAUUAGUCUAAUAACACAUGUUUACUAGUUAGAUUUUUGACAUGCAAGUGCCUGUAUGUUUCACUCAUUUCUAACAUCAAAAUUGUAACUUCACCAUAACUGUACAUGUUGAUAAUAUUGGGAUUUACUCCUUAGUAGAAUAUUCUAAAUGGAAGAUUUCAGGUGACUCUUAUUUCUGUAACUAUAGAGUUAGAAGAGGAAAGGAUGGGCGUUGUUGUUCAAGUAGGCCAAUGCUGUGCUCUUGAAAACUUCAUUGAAAACAGUGCCACAGUUGCUUUUAAGACUCAAAAAUCUUUCAAGAGUUGGUUUGGGUUCUGGGACUCCCUAUCUAUUUUUCAGCCCUCCAGUCCAAAAGGCAUGAUAAGAACAGGUUAAUUACCUAUAACUGUGAUUCUUGGACUUGUUAUCUGUGGCUGUGCAGUGCAUCCCUUGAACCCAGAGAACUGCAAGAUGUGUUUUGGCAGCAGCUUCCUCCCAACAUGAUCAGUGUGUUGCUAUCAAAACCCACAGUUCCUGGACACAGAAGUAGCAGCCAAGAAGUCAUGGAGAGCCAAUAUUAAGGGGAUGAUGGCUGGAUUUGUGUGAAUUCAUAUAUGACAACUUGAGUCAGUUACAGGUGAGCAACUGUUCUUCUUCAAGAUUUCUGUGAUGCACACUAAUGGGAGACUAACAAUCUACUCACUACAGGAAGUGUUAGUGCCAUGUAACACAGGAGAAGAGAACAGCCCUACCAAAAGCAGUGUCAGUCUGACCUUGUAUCUAAUCUGUAAUGCAAUGUGACGAUCAAAGAGUGGAACCAUGUUGUGGCUCUGCAGAUGUCAUGAAGUGGGAUUCUCUUCAAGAAGACAGUUGAGGCCACUGCUUUGAGAAGAUAUAAGUGCUCUUCUCCAAGCAUCCAGUGACUCAUCACUUGAGUCAGAGGUUCUUUCUCAGCAAGAGUAUAGGCUAAACAAAGAGUUGUCUGCAACUCACUUAGAAAAACACUGUACAGAGACUGGUAGAUCCUUCUGGGCAGCCCAGAAGUAGAGGAAAAGUUUCUGAGAUUUAUGGAAAGAAGCUAUCCGAUUGACAUAGAACUUUAAUGCUCAACGCAUAUCAAGGUAGUGAAGAAAAUAUUCAAGGUCCAAAGUGGAGUUCUGUAUGAAUGCUGGAAGUACAAUCUCCGGAUUGAUGUGAAAAGCUGACAUGGGAAGGAACCUUUAUGCAAGUGGUCAACCAAUUGGACACAGAGUUCACCUGCCCUCCUUGCACAAGUUAAAGUCACUAAGAUGGAUAUCUUCCUGGUAGGUAUCGGAUCACAGGAGGCCAUGAGUUCAAAGGGCUUCCUUGACAACCAAUUCAAGGCUUCAGUGAGCCAUACGGUCUGCUGCAGAGGGAUGUAGAUUCCUAUAUCCCCAUAAAAAUCUCUUGACCAGGAGGUGUAUGAAACUGGAAUACUUGCCAACAUUCUGUAGACUCCAGGAGAUUGUUGACAGCAUCUAAUAGAUGAAAGAGAAAGACUUGUCUGAUAAGGAAAAAGUCUAGCACGUGGUUCAUCCACACUUCAUCCAGAGAUGCACUGAGAUGCUAUAAAGGCAAGAAAUGUGUUCCAUUUAUAAGUACAUUAAGUGGAAAGCUUGUGCACUGCAUCAAGAACACAUCAGGCAGAAGCUGGCAGAGAGACGACAGAAAGACUCCAAGUAGGAUACCUUAUUCUGCCUUCAUGAAUGGUGAGGAGAUCUGGGCAAAGUGGCAGUCUUGAGGAAUUCUUCCUAGACACAUACCAGCUUUUCUUUUCCUCAUCUUCUAUUUUUUGUGGAGUUUUAAUAUUGCACCAUGAAUUAAUUCCUGUUUUUACUAAUUUGCCAUACAUGUACAUAAAUUGAAUUGUCUGGACUUCUGCGAGUAGAUCCAUGGAUGGAUUCAGAGAAAUUGUUUUCACUUUGUGAAGAAUCUUUGCACAUAGGAUCUCUGGAGCUAUCUAAAGAAUGCUACUAAACCUUUAAAGAUUUCACAGGCAAUACAUUUCAGACAGGAUAUCAAAUUUAGCAUAGAAUGAUGGGUUUACCGAUCCUUUGAUUGGCUACUAUUUUUCAACUAAAAGGUGCCACCAGACUAAUCUAUCCCAUACCACAGCAUCUAACUAUUAUUGUUCCAAAAUGAGAGAGAUCCUUUUUGAGAGUUGGUUUCUAUCAUCACAUCAGCCAUCAUUGUUAAAAUUAAUUCUGAGCUUUUUUCUGCCUUAGUAAUAGCCAAGUUGCAUUCCAACUUCAUCAGUCCUGAGUGCUAUAAUUAUUUACAUGGCCCAAGCCAAGUUAUUCUUGAUCAGUAAACUCUUAACAUAAUGUAUGAGCUCUUAAACAAAGCAGAGUUCAUUCAGGAAAAGAACUGGGCAGAAACAAGACCACCUUUUUUGUUACAAAGAUUUUCAACUUUGUAAGCACCACAACCUUUUAGAGCUUGCAGUUGUAAUAUUUCCCAAAAAAUAAUUUGCUAACUAUUGUCUCAAAAAGAAAAAAAGUGUGUGAGUGGGGAAGGUUUAGAUGUUCACACAUCAUUGCACUCAGUCCUAAUGAGCUGUUUUCACCUUAUUUUUUCAAAUACAGUAGAGUCUCACUUAUCCAACAUAAACGGGCCGGCAGAACGCUGGAUAAGCGAAUAUGUUGGAUAAUAAGGAGAGAUUAAGGAGAAGCCUAUUAAAUAUCAAAUUAGGUUAUGAUUUUACAAAUUAAGCACCAAAACAUCAUGUUUUACAACAAAUCUGGCAGAAAAAGUAGUUCAAUACACAGUAAUGCUAUGUAGCAAUUACUGUAUUUACGAAUUUCGCACCAAAAUAUCAUGAUAUAUUGAAAACUUCGACUAUAAAAAUGCGCUGGAUAAUCCAGAAUGUUGGAUAAGUGAGUGUUGUAUAAGUGAAACUCUACUGUAAUACACUUCCAAAAUACAAAUGUUCACCCAAAUCCUCUCCCCACCAAAACAAAGUUUUAGGAGUAACAAGUACACAUUAUUCAUUAUGCUCAAAGCAUCUAAUAAUACCAGUCAUGCCAUUUUUAACAGUAGCAAUGUUGAUAAUGCUGUCACCCCAAACCUCUAAUGCAUUGCAAGUACUUGUUACUUGUAAAAGGUUACUUCUGAGUACUAGAACCUUCCCGACUGAAAACAGGCAGCCUCUCUUCCUCCUCCUUUAGUUUGCAAAUUCCCUAGCCAUUAUGCCCCUUUAAAUCCUGUUUCAAGCUCCCAAGAAACAAGGCUGAUGGAUGAUCAGGCAAAAGCAGGAGACUCCUUACUGUAAAAAUAGUUAGCUUCCCCUGUAAUGAAAACCAGUAAUUUUAAAAGAACUGUUCCUGAUGACUUUUUAAAAUAUGAAUUUAAUGUGUUGAGCAUAACAUUUUUCCUGGGAGACAUGAAUACUAAUUCCAGGAUUGUAGUCUAGUGUGAUCAUGAAUUAUAGUCUGAGGUGGCCAUGAAGACAACAUAAUAUCCUGGGAAUUCGGUAAUUUUUAAAAUCCAAACCAAAACCCUGAAUGCAUGAGAUUUUUUGAAAAGCUCUAUGACCUUCGGGUUGCAUUUUUUAUGAAAAAAGUGUUGGUGUCAUCAAUUAUCUUCACAGUAGUGAGCCUGCUUUUCAUUUUAAAGCAAAUAUCCCAUUAAGUUGUGAAUUUAAGGCAUUGAAGCAGUUGUGAGAAACUGAAUAAAAUAAAUUCAAAGCUUCCUUUAUCUGUGGAUUACUGAACCUUGGCUAGGAAAAUGUUUAUUUGUAAACAAGAUAACAUUUCAGGUGCUAUCCGUAUAAAUGUGGCUUAGGGUGAACCUGCUGUCUGCAUCCUUUUAACAUUGAACUGGCAUACUCUUCUGAUAGUAGUUGUUUGUUUGUGUGCAUGUGUUGUUUAUAUGUGAACAUAUGUAUAUUUGGUUUUUAGAUUUGCCUUAAUAUUUUCACUAAUGGAAUAAUGUUUUAGCUACAAUCUUAAACCAUUCAAUAGCAUUUCAUGUGUUGGUCCAAAAAAGUAAGAGGAUAAAGAAAGGAGGGGUAUCUUCAGAUUGAAUAAAUCUGCUUUUGCAUGCAGAACAGAAAAUAAGUACAACAUCAGAUAUACAGCAUGAAAUUGUGUGUCUCUUUUGGCUAUCAGGUUCACAUGAUCUAUGUGAUGGCAAGAGAUUUUAUAAACCUUUUAUCUUCUUGCCUGCUAGGGGUAUGGAAGCUACCAAGUUCCUAGGUGAUAGGCUGGAAAUGGUAAUCUAUACAAGACUGAUAGAUGUUCUUAUGUUAUAUAAUGAAAUGUGUAAUAAGGCAUCUUACAAGUGGGUUACAAAGAAACAGGUUGUAACCUUUCUUUACUGCUGGUGAUGCCUAAACAUUUGCAUUGGUGCUAUCCCCACAUUUCUCUUGAAAUACGGUAUACUGAAAGCAACUUAAAUUGCUUCCCCAUAGAUACAUUUUGGAUCAGGAUGAAAGGUGCUGGGGAAUACAAUUACAUCAAAAAAGAUUUGACAGGUUUGUCUGAUUUUAGAUAAUUGUGGGAGGAGAGAAUAUGAAUGUGGCCCAUAUUGCACUCUGCCUUCUAAUCUUUGUAAGAAUGCAUUUUAGGCUAAGUCAGGUGCCAAGGUAGACUGCUCAAUCUCACUUGUUCCACAAAGGGCUCAACUUUGCCCAAAUACUGUGAAAAUCAGUAACAGAUGGAACAAUACAGGCUUUUCUCCUGGAGAUCUCUGCAAAAAAAAAAAAAGUCAAUGGCAUAUUAUCCUUCGAGAAAAAUGAACAAUUUCUUGACUUUUGACAGUCAUUCUGUCAUAGGUAUAGAAGGAGCACAGCUAUGAAAACUAUUUGAAGAUUCUGUUUCUAAAACUUACCACAAACAGAAGGUUUCAUUAGCGGAAAAACACUUUCUGUUUGUUAAGGUUUCUUAUUUUUAAAAAGCAAUUUUUUAAACUUUCAGUCUGUCUUAUUACAGUUCUUUGAGUUUACAAUUUCAGUAUGAAGUAUCAGUCAGACAAUCAUCCUUGCUUUGACCAAAAAAGAAAACUAACCCAUCCAAUUAACCCAAAGGUGUAUGUUAAUUCAAUCUGAUAAAGCCUGUGUAUUCCAUUUUUUGCUAUUAUAAAGAGUUAAUCCCUGUGAUCAAACAAAAUCUUUAUAAUUUGUUUUUCUUUAUAGAUGUAUAUCAGUUAAGCCUUUUUGCAUAAAUUAAUUUAUUUUAAAAAUAACCAAUAAUGAAUUUUAUAGACAUUAUCUGCAACCUUAAAGAUUUCAAAGUAAUUUCCUGAAAUGUUAAAUUUCAGAAUUUAAGAAUAUAUUUGUCAAAUGCGUGCUUAAAACAUGGAGCUAAUUUUAUCUUCUCACAUCCUAAUGUAAAUAUUUGUACAGCAUAUUCUUUUGUAUAUUUUUGUGAAAUUGUAGAUCCCCAAAGAUUCAAAGGAUUUAAUAAAAAAUAUGUUACAGCUUAAA